AUGCUGCAAGUAUGCCUUUACCGCAACAAAGAGACGUUAGCCCGGUGUGCGUUCAGGUUUCUGGCCUGCUUUGAGGCCUGGCGUGACCCCUGUGGUGUUGAGCUGGGCUUCGCGGAGAGGGCUGCGUUGGGGGCAGGAGGGACGCAACAAACAACAAAUACUGUAGAGGAGCCACUCGAUCUCAUCAGGCUCAGUCUAGAUGAGCGGAUCUAUGUAAAAAUGAGGAAUGACAGAGAGCUUAGAGGCAGACUACAUGCAUAUGAUCAGCACUUAAAUAUGAUUUUGGGCGAUGUGGAAGAAACUGUAACUACAAUAGAGAUUGAUGAAGAAACCUAUGAAGAGAUUUACAAAUCUACCAAAAGGAAUAUUCCGAUGCUCUUUGUCAGAGGUGACGGCGUUGUGCUUGUAGCUCCCCCGUUGAGGGUUGGUUGAAGCAACAAAGGAUUAAACCUUGUUGGAAAGUUUCAGGCUUCUGGACAAUGGUUCGUCUUUUGAUCAUGUGUCUCAAAAUUCUGUACAUGUUUUUUAUAGGAUGUUUUUGUCUGUUCUUUUGGGAAGGGGAGGGAAGGGAAGCCAGUUUGUCUUGCAGAAAGUACAUGUAGUCAAUUAAAGCAGUGUAAACCCAACCCUAUUUUCUCAGAAUUAAUGUAACUGCUGUAAAUUGGCUGUCUUGUCACACCAGUAAAAGAAUCCUUCAUUUUUUCAAUCUUGGCAAUAGCACUGUCUUAAUUUUUUGUUUUAAAUAAAUUUGGUUUAUCUUUCAGA